AUGCGCUCGCUGUCCCUUGAUACAAUUAAUGUCAACUACACUGCAGAUCAAUUUCUCGAAAUCUUCACUGAUGGGCUAUACAAUGAAAACCAAGCCAAACUUUGUGGAGAUGUUUUUCUCAACACUUCUCUUGCAACGCAGCUGCAAGACACAAUAGAUCUGCCUUCGAAAGAAGCUAACAUUUCGGAUGACAAACUGAAGUACUACCAAUUCCCAGGUUACACCCUGUACAAUCUACCUAAAUACCGGCAAGUUGCAAGUGGAAUUCUAACUGGAGUAAAAGAAGACCUCACCUCACACUACGACCUAAUCAAGAGUUUGGGCUCUACAAAAGACAAAUAAGACUUCAACGCCCACUCCACCAGAUGGGGCUACAAGGAUACAAACAUGGCUGGAAAGGAAAGUGAAGGCAUGCUAAACAGCAGAACUCUGGAACUUCUUUACAGCAAUGAGGAUCCGGCUACAUAUUUGCACUACAAUGGAACCAAAACAACUCCUGACUUACUCUUGGCUUCAAACGACAUCAGUGAACAUAUACGCUGCAAAAUAAUUGACGAUCCUGGUUCUGGUCACAAACAAAUCAUUGCU